GUCUGGACAGCAAUCGCUUGUGACUUCUUAGCAAUCAUGGCCUCAUCUGUCUCAAGUGAGCAAGGAUUUUCAUCAGCAGCAUUAACAAUUACAAAGUGCCAUAACCAUCUCAAGGGGGAUGUCAUUGUGGCAUUGCAAGUUAUGAAAUGUCUUCUCCAUUGCGACCUGGUUUUUUGUGAGUCAGGACCAUCAUCAUUAACUGAAGAUCCUGCAGAUGAUGAAGACAAGGUUCUUGAUGGGGGGGCAGAUGAGUUGAGUGAAGAAAGUGUCGAAAUUGUUCAAAAUUAA